AUGAUUACAGUAAUAGGAGCAACAAUUUUACUGGGUAUUAUUGGACGAUGGAUUUACCAAAGACUUAUAAAGGUUCCACCUCCAAGAAUAAUAUGUGGAUUAGCAAAUGGUCCUCCACUGACUUCCCCAAGAGUAAAGCUGAAUGAUGGAAGGCAUUUGGCCUAUAAAGAAAUAGGAGUUCCUAAGGAAGAGGCUCAGUACAAAAUUAUUGUUUGUCAUGGCUAUGAGAACUGCAAAGAUAUGGACUUACCUAUCGCUCAAGAAGUUCUGGAGGAGCUUAAGGUGUACUUAUUAUUGUUCGAUAGAGCUGGUUAUUGUGAAAGUGAUCCAAAUCCAUCACGUUCAGUGAAGACAGAGGCAUUUGACAUUCAAGAAUUAGCUGACAAAUUAGAGAUUGGCACAAAAUUUUAUGUGAUUGGACUGUCCAUGGGAACAUACCCUAUUUGGGCUUGUCUCAAAUAUAUUCCACACAGACUCCUAGGAGCUUCAUUAGUUGUACCAAGUGUGAACUUUUGGUGGCCUUCCUUUCCUUCAGCUUUAUCGCAACAUUCAUUUGAGAAACUUCCUAAAUCUUUCAAACGUACAUAUAAGAUUGCAUAUUACACACCUUGGUUGAUCAACUUGUGGAUGACUCAAAAAUGGUUUCCAGCAUUUGAGCGUGAUGGCCUGUUUCUUGCUUCUGAUUUAACCAUAGCAAACAGGAUGGACAAACUCCCAGGAAAAAAAAAUGCAUUGCUACAAGGUGAACAUGAAUCUUUACAUAGAGACAUAAUUUGUGCUAAUGGAAAAUGGGAGUUUGAUCCAAUGGAGUUGACAAAUCCAUUUCCUGAUAAUAAGGGAAGUGUCCAUAUGUGGCAAGGAAGUCAAGACCGUGUAGUUCCUAUCGAAUUGAAUCGUUUUAUAGUACAAAAGCUUCCAUGGAUUCAAUAUCAUGAGCUUCCUAAUUAUGGUCAUCUAUUAGUUCAUGAAGCUCCAAACUUUGAACUCGUACUUAGGGCACUUCUCGUUGUCGACGACUAA